CACCGUACAGAAGCGUGUGUGCCGAACAAGGCCAGGAACUGUGCAAAUCCAAGUAAUUUGGUGCUGGAGCUCAUCAAAAUUAGGCAUGCUUCUGAGUCCGUCCCCUCGAGGAUCCCUCAGCAUUCCUGUUCACAUCAACCUCCGGAGACGGCGCACGAGAGAGCUCCUUCAGUACCCAUCCUCUGUGCCCGAGUCGCAAUGGAGAAGACACCGUGGUGGUGGUGAUGGUGGUGGUGAGAAGGCCAAAGCCCAGGUUCCUGUUUCCAGCGUAGGAGAGGAGAGAGCGUUGCUCCUGGGCUUCAUCAUGAUGGCUUUCUCCAUCCUCAUGUACUUUGUGGUGGGGAUCGUUGUGGUAAAGCCGUGUAUCCACAGUGACUGGGGAGACGCCACCAACUGCUCGCUGAUCCAGGCCGAGUUUCUAAACGAGCCUGACGAACGAGGCAGCAGUUAUCCGUGUCUGCAGGUCUUGGUGAACAUCACAGCUGAAACAUCUGGAAAAACAUUGCAUCUGCGCUAUGAUGAAGCAGCCGUGAACCUGAGCCCAGAGUGUUUCUACACCCCGAAAAACCACCAAAACAAAUCCGACGUGGUAGGAGAGGCUCGGAGAAUCAAAGACGCCCUCUGUAAACUGCAAGAGCAAGGCCAGGCUGUAAGGUGCCACCUGAGCAACAAACGCUACCCAGAGGACGCCAUCCUGACGAAGCGACACAACCUGCGCCUGGCACUGCAGUGCCUGGUGUGGCCAAGCCUCAUGCUGUUCGGAGGAGCGCUGCUGGUUGGUCUGGUCAUGCUCACGCAGUACCUUGCUUAUCUCUGUAACGAAACCAUUCAAAAAGAAGAAGGAAUGGAGGACGGGCAGAGCACAGCAGGGAAGAACAAACUCUACCGAUUUAUGCCCUGCAGGCCCUGGAGUCCCAGCAUAGAGGAGGAGGAUUAAGGCAGCUAACCAAGCUCCAUGUGUACAGUACAAUGAUACUGCAGUGGUUAAGGCUUGGACCUAGCAAUCAAAUCCCAGGACUGCCCCUUGAGUGGGUUCUUGAGCAACACCCUUAACCUUAAAUUGCUUACUAUAUCGUGUGAAAGCAUCUUGCAAAUGAAUACAUGUAUAUUUGUGUUAUAAUCGUGAUCAUAUGAUAUGGUCUUGACAUGCAAGAUGUUGAGUAGCAGGUUGUC